AAAUUUGGCGCGCUGUUAAACACGCACGUGUUUCCGUGUUAUUCCACUUGCCAAAAGAUGCACGCAAUUAUUUCUAUAAAAAAGUAAACGUUUAAAACUGUCAAUCCUGUGUGAAUGAUAAAAGUUUAAAGUAUGACCAAAAUAUCCACUAUCUGGUAUUAAACAUUGUAUAUUAACAGAUUAAGAUUAAAAUCUAUUAGUCUGUCCGUAUCGAGAGGAAUAUGAACAUUAUAAGACCAAAAAUGUACAUAAAUGAAGUAAGAACAAAACACGGUAAGAUCGCUUGCUCAUCAUCAGAAUUAGACUUAGGCGUCACACUGAAAGGCGGUCAAAGUUUCAGAUGGUUUAAUCACGAUGACGGAUACAGAGGAGUUUUUGACGGAUAUGUUUGGACUCUUACGCAGAACGAUACUCAUCUAUCUUACACCGUACAAGGUCCGCUGGUAGAUUGCAAAAACUAUGACAAGAUUCUCUCCGACUAUUUCAGACUGGACGUGUGUUUGCAUGAUCUGUGCAAAAAAUGGAUAGCAUCAGAUCAAUACUUUGAGAAAUCCCUAAACAAAACGAACGGCGUUAGAAUAUUGAAUCAGGACGUCGUUGAAAAUGUAUUUUCUUUCAUAUGCAGUUCCAACAACAACAUUCAGAGGAUAUCAGGAAUGGUAGAAAAAUUAUGCACGUUCUUCAGUGAAAAAAUUUGUUCAAUCGAGGGCAAAGAUUAUUAUAGCUUUCCAUCCAUCGAAGCGCUAGCAAGUACGGACGUUGAAAAUAAAUUAAGGGAGGAAAAGUUUGGGUAUCGUGCAGGAUAUAUAGCAAACGCAGCGAAACAUUUGGUACAACUUGGUGGGAAAGAAUGGCUUUCAAAUUUGCACAAAGAGAAUAAUGUGUCGUACGUUGAUGCUAGGAAACAGCUAAUUACUCUUCCUGGAGUUGGUCCAAAAGUUGCAGAUUGUAUAUGCUUAAUGUCGUUGGGCCACCUAGAAGCCAUUCCUGUAGACACUCAUAUUUUUCAAAUAGCUAAAGCAAGUUAUUUACCUCAUUUAAAACAAUAUAAAACUGUUACCCCGAAAAUUCACGAAGAAAUUGGCAAUUAUUUGCGUGAAUUGUGGGGUCCUUCUGCUGGAUGGGCCCAAGCUCUUGUGUUUUGUGCAAAAAUCAAUGAUGUCACUGCUAGUACCACAUCGCGUAACAAACGUGAACGUACUAAAAAAUCUUGAACAAUAAAUUUUCAUAA